AUGACUAGAGCUUCUCCAGGUUUUGAGGCCCUUGCAAAGCUGCCGGAGCCUUGCAAGCCGGAGAGUCUUGGAAUGGACAUACUUCACAGCGUUUUGGCCGUCCAGCCCGAGGAGCAUGCUUUGGACGAAGAGCCUUGCAAUCCAGAGGCAAACCUCAUCGCCACGGAAGGUAAGCAGUCGCCUUUGGAUUCUCGUUCAAGCACUUGCAUGCCACCGAUGUUCGAGGAAAUAGUGGAUUGUGACGACGGAGAUGCUGGCACCGAUUCACGCCACUCCUUCUUCUCACGGUCAUGGGCAAAUGACGCAGACCACAGUCGCCCGCCAAAUCGACUUCAGCAUGACCAACACAACAGCCGCAUGGAGGGUUUUCUGAAGUCCGUGUCUGCGUCCUCCAGAGACUUGGAGAAAAAGGUCCGCCUCUUCCGCCUCUCGGCCCGGCCGAUGUGCCGGCAGCCAGGAUGA